AUGAACUCAGAUUCUCUUAUAUCGAAGCAAGGGCCGCUAGGCUACGUGUGGUUGGCAGCUAAUUACGACAAAAAACUCACCAAACAACAGUUGAUCAACACGAGUAUCGCCAAGUCGACGGAUUUCAUCUCGAACCACUCUAUCAGUUUUGCAUCUUCACAGUCGUCUGCUGAGGCUAACAGCAUUACCUUGAGACUUUCAGGGCAGUUGUUACUUGGAAUUGUUCGUAUAUACCUGAGAAAAACAAAGUAUUUACUCGACGAUGUUCACGACAUUUUGAUGAAGCUAAAGACUUCUUUCAAAUACGCCAGUGGUGCCAAGUUGGGUUCGGAUGGAAUGACCAAUACUGUGAAUUUGAAUCCACGCGACACCAUUCUCUCCAAUAUCAAGAGUAUCACUUUGCCGGAUCAGAUCACUAGGUUCGACUUGUUAUACCAGGAAGAUUUGAAUUUGGACGACGAUACACUUGCUAUGAACGAUGGCGUAGGAAUUUUCAGCAGUCAGAGACAAACACAGGACGAUAGUUUCACCUUUGACCAGUCGAUUGAAUACCCCAGAUUUGGAACAGCUCACGACCCUGCCACCCCUGGAGAUGUAGAUCUAGAGCUUGAUUUUGACUUGGAUAUUGACGGGGACAGCUUUGGCGAAGACAGGUCCGUAGAAAUAGGAAGGAACAUCUCCCAAACCGCAGAAGAUAAUCCAGAAAUAUCGAUUCUAUCAGGAUUGAAUAAGGACGAUGAUAAUGGAUUUGAUUUCGAUCUUGGAGGACCUUUAGAAACCAUUGACGAGCCUGAUCUUGUAGUGGAUGAAGACAUCCAAAACGACAACAACCCCUCAACCCCGCAGGAAGCAUUGACUCCUCCAGCAGUAGAGGAGAGACAUACUAGAAAGAGAAGAACAGGAAUCAAUGACGAUGGAGAGAUCAUCACCAAUAAACGUAAAUUGAGAAUUGACUCCAUUGAAGACUUAGACGGCAUUUCGAUUCAGACCUUGAAGGACAACCAACAGGCAUUGUUGAAUACCAAGUUUGAAGACGGCUACAUAACUUUGAAUUUGACUGACGCCGAAAAGAUCGACCUCAUCAAUGAGUUGGCUAAUCCAUCGGCCAAGAAGAGAAGGAAGUUAUGGAACGUCGAUACCCAACUUCAAGAGAGAUGUCUUGAAUUAUCCAAAGAACAGGAGCAAUUAGAAGAACAACACAACUUGCAGUUUGAACAAGAGUAUGGUGAUUUCAGUAACGACAUGGAUUUUGAUUUGUCGUUGCCAGAUUUGGAUACUCCCACCAAUGAUUUUCAGGAUGGCCAUGAAGAUGAAGAAGUGACAUUCAAUGUUUCGCAAGCGUCAGAAGAACCAGAAGAAGAAAGAUCAUCUGAAAGUGUAGGAAAAUCUACCACACAAGUAGCCCAAGAACUCCGUGACAUAUUCUCUUCGGAUGACGUAACCAACUUGUCCAAGCUUAUGGAAGCUGACUUGCAAGUUCACGAAUUAGACAGUACCAAAGAACCUCUUGGACUUGCUAGCAGACACGACAACACAAGGAGGAUCAAUAACAGACGUGAAGCAACCAGGUGUUUUUUCGAAUUGUUGGUUUUGGCCUCACAUGACUGUGUUGAGUUGAAGCAAGAUGCCGAGGAGACGCAAUUAGGUGGUCAGAUAGAUAUCAGAUCUAGAGAUAGACUUUUCCAUAAUUUCCUUUAG